CUGGAGGUUUCGCUUAACAAGCACGAAGCAGAAGCUGCUACUACUGGUACUUACAGUAUUGUUGAUUGUUGUUUGUUGUUUGCUCUCUUUUCCUUUGCUUCCUUCUGGCACAUAGUGCUACAUUGAAUUGAAAAAGGAUAUCGAAUACGGAUAUCGAAUACGGAUAUCGAAUACGGAUAUCGAAUACGGAUAUCGAAUUCGGAUAUCGACGUAUGGGUCAAUAUCGUUCUGGCUUGACGCAUCUAUAUCCUUCCUUCUAUUCAGCCCACCCAUUGCCCUAUCCCUAUCGAAUCACAUCGAUCGAUUCAAUCAAGAAAGGAUUCGGCAACAAAAUCCGUGACCACCGCAAACCGGAAAGCAACAUAAUCAUUGACAGAGGAAAAAGAUACUGCUAGUGCAAGUUCCAGUUCACGUACAACGAAAACAAGCCUUAUGCAGCGCCAACCCCAGCGCCAGCUUCAGCGGGAACCCAGCGACGCGAUGGAACUGCCACAGAGAGGCUUGUACGAACAGGCACAGAGCAAAACCCUUUUGUUCUCAGCAAUGACUUCCAACAAGCUGAAACGUACCGAUGGUAGCACAGCAACCUUUGAGGGUUUGUACCGAUGCACACUCGGGUCGCCCCCCGAGGAGGAUUUGUUCGACGACAAUACACACUACGGAGAAGACGAAGAGAUCUGCAACGAGGCCACCUUGGUGGGCGUUGGAAGAAACUUUGUCGGUGACCCUCACCCAGGAAUGAGACUGAGGAAUCUCCAGUUCGAUCUKGCCUCGCUGCGACAAYMUCCAACGGAYGACAAUGCGGGCGAGACCAUCGCCGGCGACGACGACAGCUUUUUGUACGCCAAUUACGUCGAAAAGAACGAAGAAGAUUCGAAAAAGCAAGCGUGGGAGAUUGUCCGGGCAAAGCUCCCAGAUGCCGAGAGCGACGACGACAACGGCGCCGUGGGUCACGAUGGUUCCCUGACCUUCCAAUCUGUCUUCAAGACCAGGUAUGYUAGCGAUUGGAACGAAUGCGACUUUGAUUGCUGCACCAAAGCCGAUUACGAAGCCGCCGGUAUGCUGGAGUACGCGAAGAACUUUGACGACAACUACGAGUUCAGACAUUCCUACGUUCGCGGCGUCCCCCGGKCUUUYGUGGUGGACCAACACACCGGAGACAUCUUUGUCUCGUGGGAAGGUUUCUAUAAGGACUGCGAGGACGUUCAUUCGGCCAGGAAUGGACUCCAGUGGACGAUCGGAAUUUCCAGGCUCAAGACGGAAGACCCAAGCUGCAUGGCUCUGGACUUGAAUCGAGCCAAAGAACAAUACAGGGAUUUCGGGACCUUUGCCCGCUGCACCGUCCCCGUGUCGAUCGURUACCAGAGCACCCGUGCCCGGGAAUCAGUCUUGCCCUACGGAGGCCUUGCCGUCGUUCCGGCCUCCAUGACGGGGACGGGGCACCGGACSUUUCUGAUGACGGUUCUGUACAAUCCCGGGAACGAACUCGGUGGCAUGACGGCGAGGGUCUGGGCCUUUCCGGAGGGCGCGAGUUCCACGAGGGACGGCUUGAAGCGGCAGGACCUUGUGAGCGAGGGRACGAGAGUGGACGGUCUYUUCUACGACGCGGGCAUCUACGACGCUGGGAGCCUACGAUUGAACUACAAUCCCGAGAAAGGAAGRCCGGAUUGGUUGUGCCGGACCGUCUUCGAUGCGGGCAUCGACUGUUUCCCCAUUGACUUUUCCGUCGACGAGAAUAAUGGCUUUCCGAUCGUAUCAUCGACGACCUCCGAAACAGAGGUCUUUCUGACUGGGGAACASACCGCAAGCUUUUGCCACCUUGAUAUAGCUGAUCGUGUCCGAAGCGAUCCCUAUUUCAAACGGGAUUCGCUCCUCGCCACCGGGCUGGACGUCCAGUGGGAUCCGGUUGCAACGAGACCCCACCGGAUCUUUUUCGGCUGCGCCAGCAGAGUUGGGGGUAACGGUCACUUUGGAAGCGUCCAGUCCGGUGGAAGCAAUCUCAAGACCGUUCUGGAGUAUGGGUACGCGACUGCGGUCCUGUUUUUGCCGAGCGAGCUGGAGGGGUCCCUCGAAGCGAGGGCUAYUGCUUCGUCCUACUACGGAGCCGAUGGUGGCGAUGCCUCGACCGGCUUGUUGCCGUGGUGGUGCUUCGCCGGCGGAGUUCUUCUCCUGUUCCUYGCCGUGGCCUACAAACMCAGGAACCGGAAGCAGCGGUUUUCGUCCCCGGGUGCCCUCCGGAAAGAAACAGGGUUCUUGACACCUUACGUCGAGCUGCAUACYAUGAACAAAGACCAUUGCAAUAACGACGGCAGCAACAUCAUUGGUCCUUUGACGGAAGCAACCACGACGAUGAACAACGACGAUAAUUACAAGGAAGAGGAAAUAGCUAUCAUAUAAUAUGCAGAGAGAAAAUUUUUCUGAAAAUGCAUGACAUCAUACUCGCGGUACGGGGUUGCACAGUUUCAGCUAGACUUCCGUGGCAAAAAUAUACUUCAUGUAAUAACGUUAAGUAGCAAUAGAUUUUGGCGGCUUGUUGGAAAACAUGCUUCAUCGAAGAUCGUCCCGAUGUAGUUCCCUUCUCGACAAAACCUCACACUCGCCGACUUYGACGAGACGUGCUUGGUGUUCUGAUUCAUCACGCACGCCAAGUGACCGUUGCAAUCGGCAAUGAAAGUAUUUUCCUCAUUCUGACAGGAGAGAAUCCGCACGACACGAGAACGAAAAUGGRAGUGCCUAAAGGAAAGGGCSCAAAUKGUUGUCGGCGAUUGCAAUCCUACGCUAUAUCGAAAACAAGGAACCAUCUCUUCAUUAGAAGAAAGUCGUCCACCGGAAUAGACCUUUGCGCUGUUGGCACACCGCAUSUGUGCGGGCAGUCGUCAAUGCUGGCUCUGGCGUAGGGUGUUCUUGCCUGUCAUGCUGACUUCUCGAUCGAGACCGAAGGAGCAGAGGAGGGUACUAACGUGGCCAAAGAGCGUGGUGGGCAGUGGAUCAAGACGYUGCAUUUUUGUUCGAAAACGAAACAAGUUGCACAGAGUAUGCGAGAAAAUCGUAUAACGUACAACGUCAUAAACAACAASAASAASA